GCGCAGAUGAACAGCUACGUAAUCACUAAAGAACCCGUGAAAGCAGCUUUGAAAUAUUGGGUGCCAUCCAGGUCCAUGCAUAAGGUACAUGUACCAAUGUAUACGUAGUACAAACAUAUAGCGCCCGACAAAAACCCCACCAUCCCGCAUCAUCAAGAUUCCAUCUUUAUCAACAGCAUGAGGCUGCUUGCUCCUCUUCUCACAAAGUCAACUACUUACCUUCUCAACUUUUAAACAGCACAACCCAGGUCAAGGUGGGCCUGUCAAGAUAUCCAACCUACUCGACUACGUCUUUUUCUUCCUUGAAGCCCAGCGUCUACGUUAAAUAUGGCUAAAGUCCCCCGAAAUUUCCGCCUUCUAGAGGAGUUGGAAAAGGGAGAGAAGGGCUUAGGAGCUGAGGCUUGCUCCUAUGGCUUAGAUAAUCCCGAAGAUCUACUAAUGUCCGAUUGGAACGGUACCAUUCUUGGACCUCCCCACAGCGUACAUGAGAAUCGAAUCUACUCCGUCAAGAUGCACUGCGGUGAUCAGUAUCCCGACAAGCCUCCCACGAUUCAGUUCGUCAGUCAAGUCAAUCUGCCCUGUGUCAACCAGAAGAAUGGAAUGGUAGACCCGAACCAGUUGCCUUGUUUGGCGCACUGGAAGAGGGAGAACACCAUGGAGACCAUCCUAAUCGAGCUCCGAAGAUACAUGGCAUCCGGCGCAUGCAAGAAGCUCCCUCAACCACCCGAGGGAUCAGUAUACUCUGGCAAUUAGGAUGGUAUUAUGCACAAUCCCAACACGUGGUACACCGACAUCCAAUAUCAUAUCAACUUGAUAGUAUCAAGUUGAUACGCCUUGGCUUUUUAGUCUUCAGCACAUUAUUUACGAAAGGGGGCGGGCGUCACGAGUUUCUAUUACCCCUAAGGACGCAAUACGACUUCGUAGGUACUAUCGGUACCAACGCAGGAGACGUCGAUUCGGAGGGAGCUUUGGGAAUUAGCCAGAUUCAUAGCAUGAAAUAAAAAGUUAAAUCACCAAAGAAAACCCCUGCCAUUGAUGCCGUAGGCAGGUAUCUCAUGUAGUGAGUGCAUGUAGGAAAUGCAACAGAUUGAUCUCACGCUUACGAGUAGUCUGACAAUCCCAAAGUUCCCCCGGUCCUACAGCCCAAAC